AUGGCUGGAAUAUUUGACACUCCCCGGGGUGGAGGUACUCUGUUCCUGGGUGGUCAGAAGAUCAGUGGUGCCGACAUUCGGGACCAAAACGUCCUCGCAACCCAAGCAAUCGCCAAUGUCGUUAAAUCGUCCUUCGGUCCAUCUGGACUCGACAAAAUGAUGGUCGAUGAUAUCGGAGAUGUUACCGUUACCAAUGAUGGUGCCACAAUCCUAAGCUUACUCGACGUCGAACACCCCGCAGGAAAGAUACUUGUCGAUCUGGCGCAGCAACAAGACAAAGAAGUCGGCGAUGGUACCACAUCUGUUGUGCUCAUUGCAGCGGAGUUGCUACGGAGAGCCAAUGAGUUGGCGAAGAAUCGAAUACAUCCCACAGUGAUCAUAACCGGGUAUCGACUGGCACUGAGGGAAGCCGUCAAAUACAUGCAAGAGAACAUCAGCACGAAAGUUGAGACAUUGGGAAGAGACAGCCUGGUCAACAUUGCCAAAACAUCCAUGUCGAGUAAAAUCAUCGGUUCCGAUGCAGAGUUUUUUUCAAACAUGGUGGUCGAUGCUAUGCAAUCGGUCAAGUCGGUCAAUGCACAGAGGAACGAGAUAAAAUACCCGGUCAAGGCAGUCAACAUCCUCAAAGCCCAUGGCAAGAGCGCCACUGAAUCAAUACUGGUAAAAGGCUAUGCUCUGAAUUGUACAGUCGCAUCUCAGGCUAUGAAGACUAGGAUCACAGACGCAAAGAUUGCUUGUCUAGACAUGAAUCUGCAAAAGGAACGGAUGAAGCUUGGUGUUCAGAUCACUGUCGAAGACCCUCAACAGCUGGAAAAGAUUCGUGAGAGGGAAGCCGGCAUCGUUUUAGAACGAGUGGACAUGAUUCUGAAAUCCGGUGCAAAUGUGGUGCUCACAACCAAAGGCAUUGAUGAUCUUGUCCUGAAGAUGUUUGUUGAGCGAGGGUGUAUGGGUGUACGAAGAUGCAAGAAGGAGGAUCUGCGAAGAAUAGCAAAAGCGACUGGUGCAACUUUGAUCAGCACACUAUCCGACCUGAACGGAGAUGAGAAAUUUGAAAAGGAGUCUCUUGGCUAUGCAGAAGAAGUCGUUCAGGAGAGAAUCUCCGACGAUGAAUGCAUCUUGGUGAAGGGAACAAAGGCUUUUUCAUCAGCCUCGAUCAUCCUUCGAGGCUCGAAUGACUACCAACUAGACGAGAUGGAGCGAUCAGUCCAUGAUUCAUUAUCCGCAGUUAAACGAACUCUAGAAUCUGGCAGCAUUGUCCCUGGCGGUGGUGCGGUGGAAACAGCUCUACACAUCUAUCUUGAGGAGUUCGCAAUGACUGUGUCCUCGCGUGAGCAACUGGCUAUCGGAGAAUUUUCACAGUCACUCCUCAUCGUCCCCAAAACCCUCGCGGUCAACGCAGCCAAGGACUCCUCCGAGCUCGUGGCUCAAUUGCGAGUGCGACAUGCCCUCAGCCAACGAGUUCAAGAUGGCGAUGCAAACGAGCAAGAGAAGGACCUCGCCAAGAAACGACAGUACAAGAACUAUGGCUUAGACCUGAUGCGCGGGAAAGUGGUCGAUGUGGUGAAGAUGGGUGUCCUGGAACCGAGCAUGAGCAAAGUCAAACAGCUCAAGAGUGCCGUCGAGGCAUGCAUCUCCAUCAUGAGGAUAGACACUCUGAUCAAGCUCGAUCCUCCGGAGCCACAAGAUGACGGCCACGGGCAUUGA